CCCUCCCGCCCAACACGGUAUAUAACGCCGACCUCCCGCUCUGUCUUCCCCGCUCUCCACUCCAUCCCAACAUCCUCCGUCUUCUCCAGGUCAAUUCAACAAACGGGAGGCCCUUUGGCAAUCACACUCUCCUCGCUUCUGGAAAGCUCCCUCAAUAGCUCUCACCGACAACCCCGAUCCAUAGCGACAAUAUGGGUUUCAUGCUGAAAAAGCCCGCCGAUGAGGCCGGUGCCUCGGCGCCUGCCAUCAUCAUCGGUCUCUUCGUGGCCUUUGGUGGUAUUCUCUUCGGUUACGAUACGGGAACCAUCUCCGGUAUCCUCGCCAUGGACCGCUUCAAGGAGCAGUUCGCCCGGAGUCGGGACGCCGACGGAAACCCAUACAUCACCUCGUCGGAACAGUCCCUGAUCGUCUCGAUCCUCUCGGCUGGUACCUUCUUCGGUGCUCUCGGCGCCUCGCAGCUUGCCGACAAGAUCGGACGACGAUGGGGAUUGAUCACCUCGUGCAUUGUCUUCAGCGUCGGUGUCGUGUUGCAGACCAUCGCCACUGAGCAGAACCUGUUUGUUGCCGGACGUGCCGUCGCCGGUUUCGGAGUCGGUCUCCUGUCCGCCAUCGUUCCUCUCUACCAGUCCGAGUCCGCGCCCAAGUGGAUCCGUGGUACCAUCGUCGGUUGUUACCAGUGGGCUAUCACCAUGGGUCUCUUCCUUGCAUCUUGCGCCAACCAGGGCUCCAUGAACCGCGACGACAGUGGCGCCUACCGUAUCCCCAUCGCCAUUCAGUUCCUGUGGGCCAUCAUCUUGGCCGGUGGCAUGCUCAUCCUCCCCGAGACUCCCCGCUACUUGAUCAUGAAGGACGACUACGAUGGAGCUUCCAAGGCGCUCAGCCGUCUUCGCAAGUUGCCCGUCGACGACCACUCCCUCAUGACCGAACUCGACGAGAUCCGCGCCAACCACGAAUACGAGAUGCGUCUCGGCAAGGGUACCUGGCUCGACUGCUUCAAGGCCGGCAUGUUCAAGCGAACCUUCACCGGAUGUGCCAUCCAGGCUCUGCAGCAGCUCACCGGUGUUAACUUCAUCUUCUACUACGGAACCACCUUCUUUAUCUCGGCCGGCAUCAAGAACGCCUUCACCAUCGCCUUGAUCACCAACUUGAUCAACGUCUUCGCCACCAUCCCCGGUCUUUGGCUCGUUGAGAAGCUCGGACGUCGCCAGCUUCUCCUCUGGGGUGCCGUCGGCAUGACCGUGUUCCACUUCAUCGUUGCCAUCGUCGGUGUCGCCGCCGAUGGAGCCGUCGCCAGCAACGUGCUGAUCGCCUUCGUCUGUUUCUUCAUCGCCUUCUUCGCCGCCUCGUGGGGUCCCGUCGCCUGGGUCGUCACCGGAGAGAUCUUCCCCCUCAAGACCCGUGCCAAGUCGCUGUCGCUCACCACCGCCUCCAACUGGCUCUUCAACUGGGCCCUCGCCUACUCGACCCCCUACCUCGUCGACAAAGGUCCCGAGUCCGCCGAUCUCGGCUCAAAGGUCUUCUUCAUCUGGGGAGGCUGCACCGCCGUCGCCAUCGUCUUCGUCUACUUCUUCAUCUACGAGACCAAGGGUCUCUCGCUCGAGGAGGUCGACGAGCUCUACCACUCUGUUCCCAACGCUCGCCGCAGCCCUGGCUGGGUGCCCGCUCAGGACUACCGCGAGAACCUCGAGAAGGGAAAGAGCGGUUACGGAGAGCACAUUGAGAACUAAGUAGCUUAGUUUUAUGUUUUUGCACUUGUUCUAUUCUGUUCUAUUCUGUUCUAGUCUGUUGGUUUUUGGGUUGGUUACGCGACAGAGUUUCGUGUGUUUUCUUGUUGGGGGAUUUCGGUUUCGGUGGGUUGGUUAGGUCAUGCUACCUAGAAAUCGUUCACUUUUUUUUUUAUCUUUAUUUUUCCCCCUGGUUUUUAUACUUUUGAGCACGAUGAUAUGUAGAUAUGGAUAGUCAUGAAUGAGGAUGCGGGGCUGGAGCCGGGUGGGAGUUGGAGAUACCAAAUGAAUCAGAU